GAGCCGGUGGAGCUUGGGAAGGACUGGUGCGACGGGGUGGGGACGGAGUUUAUUGCGGCCAGCUGUCAGGCCAUGGCUGUCUGUAUUGCUGACCGGCCUGACACAGGAUCGCCACAGAGGCUUCACUCAAUUCUGACAUUUCGUUUGCAAGCCUUUGUCGCCAUGACAUUCUCUAUGAUGAAGAUAUGGAAGAGAGUGGUGCUGGUCUCAAUGCUCAGCGCUAUAUUUUCAGCUGUUUACAAAUGCGAGACCAUUAAAGAGAGAGGAAUGACUUCAUCUUCAUCCUCAUCUUCAUCAGAACAUCAGCCUGAGGACCCAGAGCUGCCACCCAUCCCCCAAGCUUACGCAGUGCAAUAUAACAACAUAAUGAGACCUAUUCAGGACGAGGAGGAAGGCAUGGAGCAGGGCAGAACCAGGAUUCCACGAUACAGACGUGAAAGGAGGCAAAAGAGACAGAAUUAUUCACCACUUGCCUUAAAACGUAAAAAUGGAAAAGUAAAAUGUGCUCUGAAGGAGAUGCCCAUGAGGAUCACUGAUCUGGGGUUGGGCUAUGUUUCCGAGGAGGUCAUUAAGUUUGGUUACUGUGCGGGCUCCUGUGAGCAUAAAGUCAAAAAUUAUGAUGUGGUUGUGAGUAACCUGAGGAAAUGGAAUCACAUUGCAGACACCUCACUGCAGGAGGCUCCCUGCUGCCGGCCUGUGGGCUACGAUGGUCCUGUGGGCUUCCUGGAUGUUAACAAUCAAUAUCAAAUCCUGAGGAAGAUCUCAGCAAAGAAGUGUGGCUGUGUCUGAGGGACUCGAUGCUUCAGCGUGGACAACUAUUGGUAUUGCCCUGAUGUCAAUGAAACAUCUCAAAGAUUUACAGGAAACUAUCCUGGGAGCAGAGACUUCCCUGUUGACCUGAAAGUCAGGGGAGAGGGGGCGGAGCACCAGCUGCUCACUGUUACUCACUGCCAAGGAUGGGUGGGCAGGUGUAAACUGAAGGACUUUCAACUUCCAGCUUUGAGGAUUAAAUCACUGAAAGGGC